GCAGUGUCAGCGCGCAUACCCGGAAAAACAAGUUAACCACGUGGGUUUGACCCAAGGAGCCGCUGUGCAGGAUGGCAGGAUCAAGAUGAAUGCAGAUGAGAACAAUAUCUAGGAGCUUCAGGUCCAGGUGGGAUCAUGAGGGAUCGCGGCCAUCGGGCUGGACGAGCUGCGAGGAAGAGGAUGCAGAAACAAGAGAAUGUCGUCCAGUCGGUCUCUCUGUGUCACCAGCCGCAGUAUGUGAGGCUGAUGAAGUUUCUCCACCGACGGGGUUUCACCUCAACGCUGCUGCAGCCAGCCCUCUUCACUGACACAGGCAGAGGACUGCAAGCUCUCAAGAGCAUCAAGCCUGGCCAGCUGGUCAUUUCUCUGCCAGAGUCCUGUCUCCUCACAACCUCAACUGUUCUGGACAGCUACCUGGGACAGUAUAUCAAGAGCUGGAAGCCCCGCCUCUCUCCCCUGUUGGCGCUCUGUGUCUUCCUGGUGUGUGAGCGGCACCGAGGAGAGGCCUCUGAUUGGUUCCCCUACAUCGACGCGCUGCCCACCACUUACACCUGCCCCGCCUAUUUCACCGAUGAUGUCAUGGCUGUCCUGCCGACCAGUGUGCGGAGACGGGCUUUAGAGCAGAGGGAGGCGGUGCGAGAACUCCACUCCUUUAAUCAAGACUUUUUCAGAUCCCUGCAGCCAAUCGUGAGUCGGCCCGUGGAUGAGCUGUUGACAUAUGAAGCAUUGAGGUGGGCGUGGUGUAGUGUCAACACACGCUCUGUCUUCAUGUCCCACCCAUCCAACAGCUUUCUGUUUGGACAGGAUGUUUAUGCUUUGGCUCCCUUUCUGGACCUGCUCAACCACCGCCCUGACGUGCAGGUAAAAGCAAGUUUCAAUGACACGACGAGAUGUUAUGAAAUCAGGAGCGUUUCCGGGACACUCCGCUACCAGCAGGCCUUCAUUAACUACGGUUCUCAUGAUAGCCAGCGCCUGAUGCUAGAGUACGGAUUUGUCGCCCCCUGCAACCCCAACAGCGUGGUCUAUGUGGAUACAGAUCUCCUCGCAGACGUUUUAGGAGGUGAUAAGAGUUUGGAUCAGAAGAUCAAGUUUCUCAGAGAGAACAAUUUCCUUCAUAAUCUCACUGUGUCCAGUGAAGGUCCCAGUUGGAGUCUGAUGACGGCUCUCAGACUGUUGUCCCUGCCACAAACACUGUAUCACCACUGGAAGGCAGUGUUGCUCGGCCAGGUGGUGUGUGAAGAGAGAGAGGAGAGGAGCUUGCAGACAGCUAAGACUCUCUGUCGACGACUACUACAAGACACUCACACAGCCCUGGAUAAGAUCUCCCACCUCCUCCAGCAUUGUGACCAGUCAGUCAGGGAGCAGCUAGAUGUGGUCAAGUCACUGCGACAGGAGGAGAGGUGCAUCCUGGGAAGCUGUCUUGAGGCACUGGAAGGCACAGCGAGACAACCAGACGAACUCUUGUCAUGCCAACCUGAUAUUGACGCUGUGAGCUGACAUCCGAUUGGUUCCCUGGCCUGCCAUUCGCUACAAGAAGCAAUGUUCUUGGCUGAACUGGUGAUGCCAGACAGUCUCCCUGUUCCUGUUCUGCCUGUCGACAGGUACGGCUGACGAAAGACCACAGAAUUGCCCGACGUCAGAGGGUCACAGGUCUGAUUCCAGGGUAUGCUCAAAGAGCGUCUGCCCUGUUAUACCGGCCCUAAGCAAGACGGUGAGGCUCUCAUCACCAAGCAAUGAUCCAAGCAACGGUCAAAGAUACAGUGAACUGGACUGUAAAACUAUUAUUGUAACCUUCUGGACAGAAUAGAGCUUUGAUUCUCUGCCCGAACCCAAUUGGGCCGGGCUGUAAUUCAUGAGUUCAUGCAAAUUUCCCAGUGUUGUUUUGUUUUUUUAACAGCAGACUUCAUAGUCUGUGUAAUGUCAUGAAAUAUAUGAGCUGUGUGUGACCACCAUCUUCUAGAUAACUAUU